AAAAAAACUCGUUGAUCAAAAAAAAAAAAAAAAGGAAGAACUCAAACCUAAAGCGAUUUUUUGUUGUCAAUGUCGUCCCCGAUUCCGUCGCUUCCUUAUGAUUUGGUAUUGCUCUGCGUGGCACGUGUCUCAACUCUCAAGGAUGUACUAUCCGACUCUCUCGCUCGUCUCCAAGAGCUUCCGAUCGCUGGUAUCAUCUCCAGAGCUUUACAAGACGCGGUCUCUCAAACUCUUUGAGAGUUGUCUCUAUGUGUGCUUACAAACUCUUGAUGUUACCGCUGACUGGUACACCCUCUGCCUUAAACCUGAUAAAACUCUUAAUAAAAAAAACAAAACCCGGUACGCUUUGGCUAGAGUCCCUGCUUACGAUCCCAAGCAAAGUAAAUGGGACAUGGUAGGGAGAGGGAUGCGUGGGCGUAUGCGUUCAGAUGCUUAUUGCGUGAUAGGGAACGUUUUGUACUCUGCUUCUAACGGAGUGUUCAAAUGGUAUGAUACUGAGGGAAGAAGGUGGAGAGAUUUGCAGGGUUUGGUAGGACUACCUAAGAUCACUACUCCUCGUCAUGAUAGAGGGAUUAUUAGAUUGGGUGAUUAUGGUGGAAAGAUGGUGGUUUUUUGGGGUCAUGUUAGUAUUGACCCUUGCUCUUUAUCUUGCAACUGUUGGUCUUGCCGUUACACGGAGAUUUGGUGUGCAGAGAUUUCGCUUGAAAGGCGGCAGGGCGGUGAAAUUUGGGGGAAAGUUGAGUGGUUCGAUCUACUGCUUGAAAUCAACGGACCUUAUCGGGCUGAGCAGGUUCUUUCUACUACAAUGUGAUGAAUGAACUGAACGCGCCUCUUUUUUUAGAUAGUUUGAUACUACUAUCGGUGAAUGCGUGUGUUAAGCUUAGUUAUGCGACUGUAAUCAAUGUACUUUGUUAAGCUUAUUUUGUGUCCAAAACUUGAUUAAUAAACCCUCUUUGGAGGGAGCACACGACUGACUUGU